CCUCGAGCGACGCUCACGACAGCACAUCGCACACUUUGACUCAUUCCACUUCUCCAGUAACGACAAACGUUCAACGACAAGGGUGCCUAAUCAGCAUCACAACUGCAUUGCAAGCAGCUACUGCUUGACUCAAUACCAUUUGCAUCGCCACCACCACCCAGAGGAGCGGCCUCACACACUGCCUACCUUCUGGUUGAUUCCGGAUUCGUUGUCUCGGCGAGUGAUUCGCACCGGUGCCAUCGUCGACCCGUGCGAAACGUCGCAUUCCCAGUAACGUCUCGACUUACAAGAUCUUGGUUCCCACUUGUCUAUCGCAAGCAUGUCGUGGCUGUGGGGAUCUAGCACCAACGCCGAGUAUGAGGAGGCCGUUGAGAAGGCAUGCUCGCCACUCAAGCUCCCAUACCCUCAGGGAGAAGACAUUGCCCUCAACCUCGAGAUCACAGACAUGAUCCGCUCCAAGGCGGUCGAGCCAAAGCCGGCAAUGCAAGCUUUGAAACAGCGAGUGGCCAGCAAGAACGGCCGCGUUCAGAUGUAUGCCUUGAAUCUUGUGGAUACGUGUAUCAAGAAUGGUGGUGACCACUUCCUGGAGGAAAUCGCAAGCAAGGAGUUCGUUGACGAAGUGGCUGGCUUGAUCAGAUCCUCUAGCACGAACCCCGAGGUCAAGAACAUGGCUCUUGGUUUGUUCCAGCAGUGGGCGGUUGCAUUCCAGAACAAGAAGGACCUCGCCUUCCUCGUCGACGUUUACCAUGAGCUCAAGAACUCGGGCAUCAAGUUCCCGCCUCCACCCGCGAGCCAGAACGCGCACUUGUUUGAAACGACCACUGCCCCGAAGUGGGUUGACUCGGAUGUCUGCAUGCGCUGUCGGACUCCAUUCACCUUCACGAACCGCAAGCACCACUGUCGCAACUGUGGCAAGGUGUUCGACCAGCAGUGCUCUAGCCACAACAUGAGCCUUCCUCGGUUUGGGAUCAAGGAGGAGGUGCGCGUGUGUGACGGGUGCUGGAUUGCUGCAGGGAAGAACAAGCCGGCGCCAGCAGUGCCAGCUCGUACCCCGCGGUCGCGACACGACUACGACGCCGACCUGCAGAGAGCUAUCGAGCUUUCCUUGGCCCAGUCGCACCCUGGCAGCAAUGGGCUGAUCGGCUCUGAACCGCCGCUGUUGAAGAAUGGGUCGGGUGACGACGACGACGAGCAACUUCGCCUAGCGAUUGAGGCCAGUCUUCGGGAGUACAAUGCGAGGCCGAGCGCGCCUAUCGGCAGCGAGGAGCCCGAGUUCAAGCCGCUGCCGACGUUUGACCUUGCACCCAGAGAGACCGAGACGAUCCUCACCUUCUCCAACACAUUGGAUCAGAUGGCCGCCUACGGCGAACGAGACCUUCGGCGCUUCCCGCACGCCCACAUCCUGCACGACCAGGCCUAUGCCCUUGGGCCGAAACUCCAGCGUAACAGUGAGGAGAAGACGACCAAGGCGCAGAUGCUGGCCGAGAUGCAGGGUAAGCUGAGCGAGGCAGUGACACUGUACGGUCAAAUCUUGGACGGCCAGCAAGCGUACGCCGCGCGCAAGGCGCAGGAGGCCCAGCAGCAGCAAUACGCCCAGCAGUACCAGCAGCCUUAUGGCUACCAGCAGCCGUACGGCCAACCCUACCCCUCAGCAAACGGCCACUACGUCCCUCCUGCUGGUCAAGCCUACCGGCCGCCUCCCCAGGCCGCGGCGCCCCAGGCAGCUCCGGCCGCCCCCUCAAUCUACCCCGCGAUGCCGACACAGGCGCCGUACCAGCAGUACCAGGCACCUCCGCAACAACAGGCGUACGGCGCGUACCCCGCAUACCCUCAACAGCAAUGGGCACCACCCACGGCGUCGCGACAGGGUUCAUACGCGGCGCCGUCGCCGGCUGCGGUCCAGUCUCCUUCGGCGCCGCCGCAUGCGCAGCCUCAUGCUCACCAGCACGUCGCCGAGCCUCAACAGUGGACUGCACCUGAACCAUCUCUUCCCUCUGCUCCGCCACCGGUCGACAUGGCUAGCCACCCGUCCGCCUCGCCCACGAGCACGACUGCUGCCCUUCCCUUGGCGCCGUCAGCGCCUGCUCGCUCAGCAAGCUACACGUCGCCAGUGGUGGCCACCGCCCCUCUUGCCACCUCACCACUUGCGUCCCCUUCAAUUCAGAGCCCGCAACGUGCUCAGACUGGCCUCUUCUCCGUUCCCCCGCAACAGUACGCUGCCCCCGUGGCGCCGGUCGCCGCCGUCGCUGCUGCUGCGCCCGUUGCCGCUGUUGCCGCUGUCGCCCCGGUGGCCGCCCCUGCAGCCGCGGCCCACAACCCGUGGGGCGGAGAGCAGGUCCAGGCAGGACAGUUCUACUCUGCCUCCAUGUUCCCCUCUGCUCCCGACGGUGGACUCGAGGUCCCUGCUGCCCCUGCGCUGGAGAAACCGCGGGAGGAGGCGCUCCUCAUCGAGCUCUAGGAAUCGAGGCAGUCGCUGUAUGUGUACCCCCCCACCCAUUUAGAAGACAUGGCUGUCGACCAGCUUAAUAGUGCAUAGGAGGAAGCAUUGAAACAUUGUACGAAACGAUGCAUGAGGCGUGAGACAGUGCUUGUUUAGAAUUGUCCAAUGACGAGACGCUAGUCGAGGCCACUGCUCGUAGCCAGGUAUAUAGGUAUUAUCGUGCCGUUACAGUGUGUAAAGAGGCAGUGUGUCAUAAAGUCCAUAGUCCUGAAUCCAGAAAUGGCAGAGGCCUCGACAAGAGACGUCUGAGGGGAAUAGGAUAGGGUGGGGUGAUGGCUACUGGUAAAUGUCAUGGAUGCGGAUGGGUGGUAGAACAGUGCCAGGUUGUGCAGGGUAAUGCUAUAUGUAAAAGUGAGUGCAAUGGUGGUAGGGGGACGGACGGGGUGGGCGUUCCGGGGUGAGCGGUCGAGGCCAGCUCGGGCCCGGGGUUUACGACGCGUUGGUUACGCGCUUGGGGCGGGGCGUCUGCUCAAAGUCGUCGAGGCCGCCACCACUACGACGCCAGCUCGAAGGAGGUGGGCCGCCAAUCUCGCUCAUGGCCAAGCCGGAGCCGCGGCGAGUGUGAGUGGCACGGGCAGGUCGAGGGGGCGUUGAACGGGAAGCAGGGCCAGGGCCAGACAUGCCGUGCGCGACGCUGGCUGGCCGGCCAGAGAUGAUGUCGGUCGCGCCAGACACGCGGCGCGCACGCGUGGCAGGAGAGCCGCCAGGGCUGUCUCCGCCUGGGCGUCCAGUGAAACCGGCCACUGGAGGACCAAACUCGCCGCCAAAGACAGACUGAGCUGGUGCGCCGUAACCGUACAUGCUGCCGCCGCCCAUCGGAGGCAUACCGCCAGGCAUGCCCAUUUGCAUACCUGGGAACGCCAUCUGCGGUGGUGGUGCGCCGAAAGCACCUGGAUAGCCAACGGGAUAGCCGGGAGGGAAAGCGCCAGGAGCGAAACCUUGAGGGUACAUGCCGUGUGGCACAGGCGGUGGCUGCUGGUACGAGUAGCCAUAGGUUGGUGCGGGGAAGCUCAUGCCCGGCAUGUGUGGUGCCGUCUGGGCGGUGGAGGCCACAGAGCCGCGCUCCCAUGCGUCUUCGAAAUAACGCGAAGCGGCAGCCAUCCACUGCGCCUGCAUCUGCUGCUUCAUGGCAGCUUGCGUCGCAUAGUCGAGCUGAGGCUGGCCAUACGGGAAGGCACCUGGAGUAGCACCGCCGAGCUGGUCAAACGUCGUCGAUGGUCUCUCACGCGGGACGGCACCUUCCACACGAGGACGGUGGCCGUCAGCCCAGGAGCGGCGUGACGGCUGGUCAUGCGAGUGCGGCGUCAUGGGCUGCUGGGCCGACGAGUCUCCGGUUAGACCAGACUGAGACGAGGCAGGCGAAGCAGUGUGACGCGCUUCGACGGCCAAGUUGGCAAUCGAAUGUCUGGGUGAUGGCUGGCGAAGGCCAGCAGCAGGCGGCUGGGCACGCAGGCGAUCGCUGCUGACCGAGCGAGGCAUGUUGGCACGAGAGACAGGGCGGGAAGACUCCCUUGGCGGCUCGUCCGAACCAGAGCGGCCAGGUGAGAUCGUCGGCGAAGGAGACGAGGAUAAGGACCACUUGGAAGUGCUCGCAGUGACAGUUACGGGUGACGUAGGGUCGAGCAUCGAAGUUCGCGACGGCCCGCCAACUUCGCUUGUCGCGAUGCGAGGAACGACAUUGGCACUCGAGGUGCGCGAUGAUUCUGCCGAAGGACGCGACGAUCCGUGCACUGAAUUGCGCGAGGAAUCAACCACCGAGGCGCGCGAACUGCCCGUGUAACCGUUGACAGAGUUGCGCGAGGAAUCAACAACUGACGUCCGGGAGCCGCCACUGACGCCGUUGAGCUGACUGAGGCGCACAGACGAUCGCGACGAUUGAGGCUUCAAAGACGAUCGGGAAGGCUGAGAGCGCGCCUGGAAGGGUGGCUGAGGUCGUUCCAUGACAGAGGCACGUGACACCUUGUUCUUGAGUGUGUGCAAUGGUUCGUCCUCAUCCUCGGACUCAAUUUCCUCAACAACAGGAGCGGUUCGCGAAGGAAUGCGCUCACGGGGCUCGCGCAUGGCCGACUUGAGGGGCUUGCGCGCGGGCGGGGUCUUAUUGGAAUCCUCAUCGUCCGAGCUGCUCGCCCAGCCGGCCCUGUCUGCGCGUGGUUUCUCGGCAGCCUUCUUGACGGCCCGGCCAAAGCUCGAGUGAGGGACAGCCGGGGGCGGUGCCGGAGCAGUCUCAAUCUUUGGUGGAAUAGGCGUUGGCGAUGCAGUACGAUCACUACCAGGAGAGCGCUGCUGGGCAGUCUCGCUGGUGCCGGGCGAGGCAGGGUUGAAGAGACGAGUGGUCGAGGUGGACGCCGACAUGGGUGGGGUCGCCGUCACCUUGCCGAGGCGCUCGUGGAGGCUCAUCCUCGCUUCCGACGCAGAACCUGUGCGCUGACGAGGCUCGUUUUGGGCCAGGUAGAGCGAGGCAUUGACGAUGGCCGGGUCGAAGGCCUCCUCAUUUGGCGACUCGUUGUCCUCGCGCCUGACUGGGGGCACUUCGAGAGCAGGUUGAGGGUUCCACAAUCCAGAGAUGCGGCGCACGCCCUCGUCGAGAGCCGACAAGGGGCUGGUGAGGCCACUUGACAGCGAUGGGGACAUGCCACCGCUACGGCGAACCGGCUCGUCAUCGAGCUCGUCGGGCCUAGGAGGAAGCUUGAUGUCGUCCAACAUGGCCUGAGGCUCGGGAAUCCGGAUGGCGGCCGGGGGCGGUGGAGGGGGCGAUGUGCGCGGUGCGUUCCACGAUGAUGUCUUGGGGGUAGACACGACGCGGUUUGUGACGGACACGGGUGACUGCUGCAGCGGCGACAGCACAGGUGGGGACACCUCGCGGAGGCGGACCGGUGAAGCCCCCUCCGCUUGGGGCGACAGCUCACGACUGCGGAAUGGCGGCUGGUCGUCAAUGUGCAAUGACGUGGUGCGAAUGCGGGCCAAAGGCAGAGAGGUGGUUCGUGCAGGCGGCAAUUGCUCGGACACUGGGGCUUGGGAGGACGAGGCCUCGGCCGGAGGCGAGGGCAGGCGAUCGCGACUGAUGCCCGCACCCUCGUGCUUCGGCGGUGACCUGUCCUCGCGGGCCGCGCGUCUCACAGUGAAGGACACUGGGGCGUUUGCGGAUGGCGGUGCAGAUGAGAAUGAUGAUGGACGGAGAGGUGAAGCGCCGGGGCUCGAACCGCGUUCCGUGCGUGCAGAGGGGUCCUCUGGAGGUGAAAGUGCAAGGGUCGGCGUGACGAUAGCAGGCGCUGCUUCACCGUCCGUGAGUGACAGGGCCGAUGAGUCUCGCUUGAGGUGGGCCUCGUUGCGCAGAUUCGCGCGGCUGAGAGACAGGGGCAUGUCGUCGUCGUCGGCGUCGGUGAGGAUGGACGAAGAGGGACGUCGGAUACCCUUUCGGAAAGCGGCGACGCUGACUCUCUGGCUGUCAAUGGAGCCUGCCAGACUCGGUGGGCGAGCCAAGCGGGGCGGUGUAAGCGGUGGCUCAUUGUCUGCGGCAACAGUCGAGUUGCGUUGGCUUGUCGUGACGGAUGAAUCGCGAUGACCGGGUGCCUGGGUAGCCGCGGGCUCCCGCCUGACGUGUGAGAAGUACUUGUCGACACCGCCGUCGGCGUCGGAAGCUCCCGAGAUAUGACGGAAUGACUUGAGCUGGAAGGAGCCAUCGUCGACGCUUGGCGAUUCGAGGUCGACACCUAAUGAGACGCGGGAAUGUGUGCGCUGGAAAGGAAUGUGGAAUAGUGAUGAAGACGGGCGGCGCAAGGGCUGUGGACGAUCGCUGCCCACCUGCGAGGUUGGGCGGCCCUUGCCGUUGAGAGCAGGUGACGACGGCUUGUGUGAAACGUCGCUCGGACGCGACGUGCGUCGUGUCCUUCGGCCCUUCCAAAAGCCUGCCUUUGUCGUCUCGUCGCCGUCGGCGCGAAUCUCUUCGACUUCAUCGUGCUGCAGCCUGUCGGCCGACGGCGAGGGCGUCGGGGAGGGGUGCAUGUGGUUCAACGAGGUUGUGGACAGAGCAAGGCCCAUCUUCUUCAAUGGCGAGGGCGAGGUGGUGGAGGGAUGCGGGACGUCGCCGGUCGAGCGGCGCUCUUGGCUCAUUCGAGGGCGUUGAGGCAGCGGCCGCGAGCCAUUCGGGCGCUCGGUGCCGUCGGGACCGCGGCGGUGCUCGACAGGCGAAGGAGGAGGCAGCCUGGCGCGCUUUGCCUCUGGGCUCUCAAAGUUGAGCUUGCCCAGGAUGCCGCCGGCCUUUGUCCACUCUUGCGACGAGUCGUCCUUGAACUCUGACGCCGAGUGAAACGACUCGCUCCCCAAGGAAAUGACUGAUGAAUGCGCAGAGUUGCGAUAGUUGGCGAGUUGAUGCCUUGUGGGGGAAACUGUGUUUGUUGGAGGCGGUGGCGGUGGUGCCGCCCUCUGGUGAGGGCGCGUCGGUGUGGUGGAAUCGGAUGUGCGAGAGCUGCGAUCGGUGCGGUUCGAUGACGGAGGUCGUUCUGAUGUCGAUCGUUGCUGCGGUGAGGCGGAAGAGUACGUAGCAACGGGGGGCAUCGGGAUCGAGGGUGCUCGCGCUCGCACUGGGUGGUUUGGCGAGGUCGACUCGUAGGGGACGGCUUGGAGAUCAGACUUCUUGUCUCUCUUCCACGGGAGCACGCUUCGUGUUGUUUCCUUUGAGGCGCGAUCUGGUGGGUGGAGAGCUAGUGCUGAUGAGGACAUGCGACCCGGGGGCAAGGCGCCGUUGGCCGUAGCAGCAUAUUGGGGCACUGCGAGAUGGUUUGAGGACGCGGCACGAUGGACCGAAUUGGAGCUUGGACUAGAGCUCGCACUCUUCGUGUCCUGCGCGCCCGACGACGAGCGGAAUCGCCUGAAGAUGCCCAUUGCGGCGGCGAUGGACUCGGCGUGCGCUGCGUGCCAGGGCGGCUUGCGGCUGCUGUAGAGCUGCUACAACGACAAAAGGGAGAGGGGGUUGGUG